GGUCCACAGUCAAAAUGCGACAGGAAGGGCAAGGUGCUUCAAGAUACCUACACUUGGACUUAGCAGACAGAUUUUGGACCCUUUCAAAAGGGAAAACUGACAAACAAAUAGAAAAUGGUGGAACUUUGUGCGCAUCGAUGGACAAUCACAGCUGUCGUUCUUGCUUGCCUCACUCUGAUCGGAAGCCUGCUUAUCCAUGGAUUGCAAUGGCCUUCAUUAGUGGCCUUCAGAGCCCAAAUGCCAGACCCCAAACCAGUAGACAUCACUAACAUCACUACCAUAGUGUUAUGGUACUGGCCCUUUGGCCAAACAGCUGCCUUGAAGGGCAAUGUGUGCAGUGAGAGGUUCGGCAUACCCAACUGUAUUUUGGUAGAUGAUCAGUCCUUGUUCUCUCGGGCAGAUUUUGUGAUUUUCCACAACCGUGAGCUGAUCAAUGGCCAACAAAGACUGCCUGUGCACCUCUCCCGACCACAGAAGCAGAGGUGGGUGUGGUAUUCACUGGAAAGCCCAGUACAUAAUGGGAAUCUGAGGCCUUUUGCUGGACACUUUAACUGCACCAUGUCUUACCGCCAUGAUGCAGACAUUCAUGGACCAUAUGGCAGGUUGGUACCACAGGACUUUGGAACUGGAUUGACAGUGGAGGAUUUCAUACCAAAGGACAAGUCUUCGCUGGCAUGUUGGGUUGUGAGCAACUAUGCCCCCCACCAUAAGAGAACUGAAGUAUACAAUAAACUGAAAACAAUUAUACCAGUAGACGUGUAUGGCGGAGCAGUAAAUAGGCGUCUAGAUGAUAAGACUCUGAGAUCCACAAUCUCUCGUUGCUACUUCUACCUGUCUUUUGAGAACUCCAUAUCCAGAGACUACAUCACAGAGAAGUUUUGGUAUAAUGCCCUCGUGGGUGGAGCUGUGCCUGUAGUUUUAGGUCCACGGCGGGAACAGUAUGAGGCAGUGGCACCGAAAGAUUCCUUCAUCCAUGUGGACGACUUCAGAUCAUUAGAGGAGCUUGGAGAAUUCCUUAGGAAACUGGCUAAGGAUAAGCAGCGCUAUGCCUCAUAUUUCAACUGGCGACUGAAGUACACAGUAGAAUAUUUUAAGGAUUGGAGAGAGGAAUUCUGUAGAAUCUGCCCCAAAGUCAGCAGCUUACAAACGCAGAAAGUGUACAACGAUUUAGAUGCUUGGGAAAGGAAAUAAAGCAGAAGGUAAGCAAGACAUCAACAUCAUAUUUUAUUCGUAUUAUUUAAUUCCAACCUGUGACUUUCUGUGCCAUCCUUGCACAAGGGGAUCGAAUUCAGAUUUGUGAAAAAAACACUCUUCCAGUUUUGGCUAAUGAUGCUGAUGUGUCCAGAUUUUAUAUUAGAUUUCAUAUUUAGAUGUUAUCUUCAUUGCUGAGAAUGCGGUAGGGGGAGGCAGCUCAGACUGAGAACAAAACGUGAUUGGAUAAAAUCCGUUCUCUCCCCUCAUUGUAUGUUCACAUGCUGUCAAAUGUUAUACUUGAAUUUAAUGGGAGGAGGAAGCGAUAGGGGAAGAUAGGACAGACAGGUAGGUCAUUACCAGUAAAAAGGAAAUUAAGUAGAAUAUUAUUCAUGAAUGCAUUAUUUUUUAAUUAUUUUGAAAAUGGUUAGGUUUUCAGAGAAAGCUGUGUAUAUAUAUUUAU